AUGACAUACAAGAGACCAUUCGAUGAUGAAAUCGACAUGCUUUCAUUACGAGAAGAAUUUCUCGUUUAUCUCCAUCAAUCGGAGUCCUGUGAACAAUUCUACAACUACAUGAAAUCCGAACAAUUAGCUCCUGUUUUGGAGUUCUACUUAGCGUGUGAUGGAUUAAAGAACUUAACCGACGAAAACAAAAGUCAACGCACAAUUAUUGACUUGAUCUACAAACAUUACUUAUCCACUGGUAAAUCACUAGCAUCAAAGCAAUUCUCUCUUCCGUAUGAUUUACUUCACUCGAUUAAACAACGAUUGAUCAAACGGGAGUAUUAUUCGACAUUUUACGAACAUGCUCAAGAAUACGUUCUCAAAUAUAUGUUACAAAUGUGUUAUCCAAAAUUUCUGGUCGAACAACACAAUGCAUCGGUUAAAAAACGGCAAGCAACUGAUUCUUCGAGAUUCACUCCAAUGCAUCGAUGUUGUAUAACAACGAAGAAGAAAGACGUUUUCGAUAAAUUCAAGCAACAAACGAAUAAGUAA